AUGAACUCAGCUGGAGCCUCAUUUAAGCCAGAUGCCACGGGCGCAGACCCGAAGCAGCUGGAGUAUAUCCCGCACCUCAAGCUCAACGAUGGCGAGGAGAUUCCGAUGAUUGCCUACGGGCUCGGCACGGCCAACUUCAAGACGGGCGAAGCUCUUAAGUCCAUCGAUAAGAAAAUUAUCCAGGACACAGUGACGGCCAUCAAGUCAGGCUACUUCCACCUUGAUGGUGCAGACGGCUACGGCAAUGAGGCCGAGCUCGGCCUCGCCAUCAAAGAAGCCGGGGUGCCCCGAGAAAAGCUCUAUGUGGUCACUAAGCUCAGCAAGCCCAGCGCCGACAAGACCAUUGAGCAGGACUUCACGACCUCCUUGCAGAAACUCGGUCUGGAUUAUGUAGAUCUCUACCUGAUCCACUCGCCUUUCUUUGCAGACGGGAACCCGAAGCUGCUUCAAGAGAAGUGGGCAGAGAUGGAGGCUAUCAAGGCCUCGGGCCGGGCCAAAUCGAUUGGAGUCUCCAACUUCUUGCAGAAGCACCUCGAGAUCGUGCUCGAAACCGCCAAAGUGCCGCCUGCUAUCAACCAGAUCGAAUUCCACCCUUACCUGCAGCACGGCAGCUUACUCGACUUUCACCAGAAGAAUUCCAUAGCUGUUUCGGCAUAUGCUGGGCUAACGGCCGUUACAAAGGCAAAACCCGGCCCCUUGGACGAUGUCUACCCACAGCUAGCAAAGAAGUACGGUGUUUCGGAAGGAGACAUUGCGCUGAGAUGGAUCCUGGACCUAGGUGUAGUGGCCAUCACAACCAGUUCCAAGGAAGAGAGACUGAAGAGCUUCUUGACGAAGCUACCUAGCUUCAAGUUGACUCCUGCUGAAGUCAAACUGAUUGCGGACAAGGGCGACGAGAAGCACUUCAGAGGCUUUUGGAACCACAAGAUCGCUGCUGAUGAUCGCUCAUAG